AUGGACAAUGGAUCAGACAUUGGCUACAUGCUACAGCUGGAGGGUGUUGACCUUGCACCUCAGUUUGUUUACCCAGUGUUUUUCAUUCUGCUUUUCACCUAUCUAAUCCUCAUGUUCACUAACACAGGACUCAUGGUCCUCAUCGCCACGGAAAAGAGUCUACAGCAGCCCAUGUACCUGUUGUUCUGUAACCUGUCGUUCAAUGAUAUUAUGGAAAACACAAACCUUCUGCCUCGAUUAAUGAUCGACCUUCUCUCGUCUGAGCGAUAUAUUAGUUAUGUUGAGUGUGUCAUUCAGGCAUUCUGUAAUCACACAUUCUCUGCAGCGGCUCACACAAUAUUGAUGAUCAUGGCAUUUGACAGGUAUGUGGCCAUAUGUAACCCUCUGAGAUAUUCCUCCAUCAUGACCACCAGCAUGGUGGCGAAGUUGUCAGCAGGUGCUUGGGGCUCAGCAUUGCUCACGGUGUCAGUCUUGCUUGGGCUCACCAUUCGAUUGACUAGAUGCCGGUCAUUUCUCAUGAAUAUGUACUGUGACAAUGCAUCUUUGUUCAAGCUUUCAUGCCAAGAUGUGUCAGUCAACAACAUCUUUGGUCUUUUCUACACAGCACUGUUCAUUAGUUCUUCAUUGCUUAGUAUAGGCAUCACCUAUUUUAAAAUAGUCACCGUUUGUUUCACCAGGAAAAGCAAAGAACUGAACAGCAAAGCACUUCAAACUUGUUCCACUCACUUAGUACUCUACAUGAUCAUGUUGUGGUCUGGCCUUCUCAGCGUUCUCUUUCACCGCAUUCAGAUCUACUCAGGCUAUCGAAAGUUGAUGUCCAUUUUGUUUCAUGUUGUCCCAGCGAAUCUAAACCCCAUUAUUUAUGCACUGCAAACAAAGGAACUAAAAAGCAAGGUAAAGAAAUUAUUUCAUUCAAAAGUUUCUAAUACAUACAGAUAA